CCCCCCCAAAGCCAAACGGGACCUUUAGACCUCAGUCCCAGCGUGUAAAAGCAGGAUGUUUACAGAGCGUGCUCAUCACGUGUGCUUGUCACGUGACGGUCACGUGCUUUCCGCUUCGGUCCAACAUGGCGGCGGCUCCGUCCGUCUUCCACAGAGUCCGAACCGGCUCCAAAAUAGGAGCCCAGUACGACCAGGACGGGAACCUGAUCCAGGUGGAGAGCAGAGAGGAUGAGGAGCAGGCCGUCAAGCUGGCGGAGACCCUGGAGCUGCUGCUGGCCGCCGGGUACUUCCGGGCCCGGAUCAAGGGGCUGUCCCCGUUUGAUAAGGUGGUGGGGGGGAUGACCUGGUGCAUCACCACCUGUAACAUCGACAUCGACGUGGACCUCCUUUUCCAGGAAAACUCAACCAUUGGGCAGAAAAUAGCCCUGACAGAGAAGAUAGUCUCUGUUCUCCCAAAGAUGAAGUGUCCUCAUCGCCUGGAGCCCCAUCAAAUCCAGGGGCUGGACUUUAUCCACAUUUUCCCCGUCAUUCAGUGGCUGGUGAAGCGAGCCAUAGAGACCAGGGAGGAGAUGGGAGACUAUGUGAGGGCCUACUCCAUCUCUCAGUUCCAGAAGACUCACAGCCUCCCUCAGGAUGAACAGCUUCUGCAGAGGAACCAGAGCUCUGUGAGGGCCGUCCUGGACGUCCAGGAGGUGUACAAGCCCCAGAGGAGGUACAGGAGGCAGCGGGACGCCGGGACGCUGCUGGACGAGGAGUCCAGGGUCCACUCCACUCUGCUGGAAUAUGGCAGGCGUUAUGGAUUCAGUAAGCAGGCCAGGCAGGAGCAGGCUGAGGAGGGGAAGACCACUGGCUCUCAGGGCCCCCCCCCAGGGAUGGCAGAGGCCGUGGAGGAGGACUUACAGGCAGCAGAGGAGACGAGAAUCAAGACCCUGAUGACCAACAUGGCUGCCAUGCUGAAUGAGGAGGGCCAGCUGACUGCCAGCGCUGUGGGUCAGAUAGUGGGUCUGCAGUCUGAGGAGAUCCGGCAGAUGGCCUCGGCCUACGCUGAGAAGCAGGCGGAGCUGUCCUCAGAGGAGCGUCUGGAGCGCUUCGGCCCGCUGCAGCAGCACCGCCGGGCCGUGGCCUCCCUCAGCAGGAACAUCCAGCAGAAGAGCCAGGAGCUGGAGGAGCUGCAGACCAAGCAGGCGGAGGUGGAGGCGGCCUGUGACGGGGCCAAGAGGACACUGAUGGAGGCCACAGAGCGCUCGGAGAGGCUGCAGAGGGAGCUGCAGGCGUUGGAGCAGAUGGAGGAGCAGGCGGAUGCUGGCCUGCUGGAGAAACUCCGGACUCUGGUUACAAUGAACGAAAGCCUGAAACAGCAGGAGCAGGACUUCCGGGCACACUGCAGAGAGGAGAUGGCCCGCCUGCAGCUGAACAUCGAGGAGCUGAAGUCAGCCUCAGGACAGGACACAGAGGAGGACAGGGAGCGGAGCCAGCUGAUAGACAAACAGCACAGCGCGGACCGGGAGAAGCUGCAGAAGAUCCGCCUGCUCAUGGCUCGAAGAAACCGUGAGAUUGCAAUCCUGCAGAGGAAGAUUGAUGAGGUGCCCAGCCGGGCAGAGCUGACCCAGUACCAGAAGAGGUUUAUCGAGCUCUACAGCCAAGUUUCCGCCACACACAAAGAGACCAAGCAGUUCUUCACCCUCUACAACACACUGGAUGAUAAGAAGGUCUAUCUGGAGAAAGAGGUGAAUCUGCUGAACUCCAUUCAUGACAACUUCCAGCAAGCCAUGUCGUCCUCAGCCGCCAAGGAGCAGUUCCUCAGGCAGAUGGAGCAGAUCGUGGAGGGAAUCAAGCAGAGUCGCAUCAAGAUGGAGAGAAAGAAGCAGGAGAACAAAAUGAAGAGAGACCAGCUGAAUGACGAGUACCUGGAGCUGCUGGACAAGCAGAGGCUCUACUUCAAAACCGUCAAAGAGUUCAAAGAGGAGUGUCGGCGUAACGAGAUGCUGCUAUCCAAGCUAAGGGCUAAAGGAGCCUCCUAG